AUGGACCAAAUGACAGGCCCCCGGCCACCUGAUGUGAGCAUCGGCUACCGACUCUUGGUUGGAACAACCGUCACUUUCGUAUGCGCAUUCAUUGUUGUGUCCUUGCGGGGUGUGGCACGCAGCGUGUACGCUCGCAUGAGCUGGGAUGACUAUCUUAUGAUAUUCGCCCUGGUUCAAGCGUUAAUCGCGACUGUCUUCGAUUUCGUCGCCGUCGACAAAGGGCUGGGACGUCACCUAAUCUACAUCCCGAAGAAUGACGCCGUCACAGCCAUGUAUUAUGAUCUGCUUUCGCAGGUCUUCUGCAUCAAUGCCCUGAGCUUUGCGAAAAUCUCCAUCUGUCUAUCCUACCUGCGUAUCCUCAAGGGGUCGCGCCAUGCUGUGCUGCGGGUGACGUGCUACCUCACUGCGUUUUUGGUCUUCGCGGUCAAUACCGUGGUUAUCAUCUCGUUGUACGCACAAUGCGAUCCACCCCGCAAGUCGUGGAACCCGUUCAUACCUGGAAAGUGCUGGAAAUUCAGAACUGUGAUCAGUCUUGUGCUGCUGCAAGGAGCCUGGUCCGCAGUAACGGAUUACUUCCUAUCCAUUCUACCGUUCUUCCUCUUCAAAGACCUCCAGGUCAGUCGCGGAAACAAGAUGAUCCUGUGCGGACUGAUGGGACUAGGCAUCAUUACGGGCGUCUUCGCCACCAUCCGGACGAUUGAAUCCGGUCUGGGUCUGAAGAACGGCAUCACCGAUGCCUCCUACACGACCGUGAUGGGUCUCAUGUGGGCGGGCAUGGAGCGCAACAUUGCCAUGAUGAUCGGCAGUGUGCCCGCUCUACGCCCACUGACAACGCCAUUCAUGAAGUUGACUUCAGAAACCAUGUCAUACUUGGGCAUCCGGUCUUCCUCCAAGACUCAAUCGAGUUCUGGCGCCAAUGGCUCGGGUUCAUUCCAGAAUAGGUCGGGUAAUAAGUCAGCCAAGGAUUUGCCCACGUCGAGUAUGGAGCAGAUUUUGCCGAACCGGGCGCCGAGAGAUAUGGUCUGA